AUGAUGGAUGACCUGGAGGACGAAGGCCGGUUGGGCGGACCAGAUAGCGCUGAAAAAGAUGAAGUGGUGAAGGACCUCCGCGCCCUGAACGCAGAAAACUGGGAGGAGAUCGCACAAGAUAGAAGAGAAGGCGCGUUGGCGCCAACACGUAUUUCGGAGGUAUACUCGGAGGCCAAACAUUUUGCAUUUUAUUUUAAUAACACU